CAACGCAGAAGCAAGAUGGAAGGUCGGCGUACAGUGGGCUGAGUGUCACAUGCCCCCAUUUAAUGCUUAAAACCUAUCUGUUUCGAUCUGUUGAAACUCCCUCAAGAUGCCGGGCUCCAUAGAGAUCCCACUGCGCGACACCGACGAGGUGAUCGAGCUCGAUGUCGAUCAACUACCAGAAGGAGAGGAAGUCCUCGGCAUUCUUCGACAGGAGCAGGCCCAACUGCAUCUAUGGGUCAACCUUGCGCUGGAGUACUACAGGCAGGGCAAAGUGGAUGACUUUGUUCGGCUAUUGGAAGCCGGCCGCACCGAGGCACGGCUCGAUUACCGGGACUUUGAGCAGGACCAGAUGACGUGCCUGGACACACUGGCUGCUUACUACGUGCAAAAGGCCAGUAAGGAGAAAAACAAGGACCGCAAGCAUGAACUCUUCACCAAGGCCACCCUGCUCUACACCACUGCUGACAAGAUCAUCAUGUACACACAGAACCAUCUUCUUGGAAGAGCCUACUUCUGUCUCCUGGAAGGGGACAAAAUGGACCAGGCCGAUGCUCAAUUCAACUUUGUGCUUAACCAGUCUCCCAACAACAUUCCUUCACUAUUGGGCAAAGCCUGCAUUGCGUUCAACAAGAAGGACUACAGAGGUGCCCUGGCCUUCUAUAAGAAAGCUCUUCGCACCAACCCAAACUGUCCUGCCGAGGUACGGCUAGGCAUGGGCCACUGCCUCUAUCGUCUGGGCAAGCAGGAGAAGGCUCGUGCAGCCUUUGAACGAGCGCUGGUCCUGGACCCACAGUGCGUUGGUGCGCUGUCAGGGCUGGCUGUGCUGCAGCUCAAUCAGAAGGGUACCGAGGCAACCCGCGCGGGCGUACAGAUGCUGUCGCGCGCUUAUGCCGUGGACCCAUCCUGCCCUGUCGUGCUGAACCAACUUGCCAACCACUUCUUCUUCAAGAAGGACUAUGGGAAGGUGCAGCACCUGGCACUGCACGCCUUCCACAACACCGAAAACGAGGCCAUGCGUGCCGAGAGCUGUUACCAGCUGGCCCGCUCCUUUCAUGUCCAAGAGGACUAUGACCAGGCCUUCCAAUAUUACUACCAGGCUACCCAGUUUGCACCACCGUCCUUCGUGCUGCCGCACUUUGGCCUUGGCCAGAUGUACAUCUUCCGUGGUGACGUGGACAAUGCAGCACAGUGCUUUGAAAAAGUGCUCAAGGCGCAGCCAGGCAACUAUGAGACUAUGAAGAUCCUUGGAUCAUUGUACGCCAACUCGUCAAGCCAGUCUAAGCGAGACCAGGCAAAGACACACCUCAAAAAGGUUACAGACCAAUUUCCAGAGGAUGUGGAGGCCUGGAUAGAACUGGCUCAGAUCUUGGAGCAGAGCGACGUCCAAGGGGCGUUGUCGGCAUACGGAACAGCCACCCGCCUUCUUCAGGAUAAGGUGAAGGCCGAUGUGCCUCCGGAGAUCCUGAACAAUGUGGGCGCGCUGCACUUUCGAAUGGGCAACCUGCAGGAAGCCCGACGCUUUUAUGAGGCCUCCCUGGAGCGCAGUCGCACGGAGGCCAACAACGACGAGCACUAUUACAGCUCGAUCUCGGUGACCACCACCUACAACCUCGCUCGGCUGUACGAAGCCCUCAGUCUCUUUGACAGGGCUGAGCAGGCAUACAAGAACAUUCUUCGGGAGCAUCCCAACUAUGUUGACUGUUAUCUUCGCCUUGGCUGCAUGGCUAGAGACCGAGGACAAAUUUAUGAAGCUUCUGAUUGGUUCAAGGAAGCUCUUCAAGUGAAUCAGGAGCACCCUGACUCAUGGUCCCUGAUUGGCAACCUCCAUCUGGCCAAGCAGGAGUGGGGUCCUGGCCAGAAGAAGUUUGAGCGUAUUCUCAAGGGUGCGCAAGGGGACGCCUACUCCCUUGUAGCGCUGGGAAAUGUGUGGCUGCAGACUCUGCAUCAGCCCAUUCGUGACCGAGACAAGGAGCGCCGGCACCAGGACCGGGCGCUCGCCAUGUACAAGCAGGUGCUGCGGCUCGACCCGCGCAACAUCUGGGCCGCCAAUGGCGUGGGUGCUGUGCUCGCCCACAAGGGCUACAUCUCUGAGUCACGUGACAUCUUUGCGCAAGUGCGCGAGGCCACUGCAGACUUUUGCGAUGUGUGGCUCAACAUUGCUCACAUUUACGUGGAGCAGAAGCAGUAUGUUGCUGC